AUUCUGUUAGUUCCGAACAUUCGAUGGCUCUUACAGGUCCCGGCGCAAAGACAUCUUUCACUCCAACUCUCUGACUAGUUUUAUUCCUUCUAAGUGAUACAGGGUGGUUGAGAUGCUUGCUGCUGCUGUUUUCAUCCUGUGUUUGAUGACUUGUCAGCCUGGGGCAACUAUCCAGGAGAAGGUGAACCGGAGAGUAAGUCGGGCUGUUCAGAGUUCCACCUUGACAGCACUUAACUGCCAGCUGAGCACCUGGUCAGAGUGGACAGAAUGCUUUCCAUGUCAGGACAAAAAGUACCGAUUCCGGAGCCUCCUGCAGCCAAACAAGUUUGGGGGAACCAUCUGCAGUGGUGAUGUCUGGGAUCAAGCCAGCUGUCAGAGUCCCACAGCUUGUCUAGAGCAAGCGCAGUGUGGACAGGAUUUCCAGUGUAAGGAGACAGGUCGCUGCCUGAAACGCCACCUCGUGUGUAACGGAGACAAGGAUUGCCUUGAUGGCUCUGACGAGGAUGACUGUGAAGAUGUCAGGGUCAUGGAAAGCGACUGCAGCCUGUAUGACCCCAUUCCAGGGUCAGAGAGUGCGGCCUUGGGGUACAAUAUCCUGACCCAGCAGGAAACUCAGAGCGUGUACGAUGCCAGGUAUUACGGGGGCCAGUGUGAGACAGUAUACAACGGGGAGUGGAGAGCGCUUCGCUAUGACCCUGCCUGUGAGCGUCUCUACUACGGAGAAGAUGAGAAGUACUUCCGGAAACCCUACAACUUCCUCAAGUACCACUUUGAAGCCCUGGCAGAUACUAGACUCUCCUCAGAGUUAUACAAUGAUGCAAAUGAACUUCUUUCUAAAGUAAAGAAUGACAGGUCUGUGUCGGCAGGAGUGGUUGUUGGUGUGGGCCCCGCGGGCAGCCCUGAAACAACAGUGGAUGUGGGUUUAUCCGGGUCACGAGACUCUUCGUUCGUGAAUAAGUUAAACAAGUAUAAUAACAAGAAAUAUAACUUCAUGAGAAUUUCCACAAAGGUGCAGACUGCUCAUUUUAAGAUGAGAAGGGACAAUAUUGUGCUGGAUGAAAGCAUGCUGCAGUCAUUAAUGGAGCUUCCGGAGCAGUACAAUUACGGCCUGUAUUCCAAGUUCAUCAACGACUAUGGCACUCAUUACAUAACGUCUGGAUCAAUGGGUGGCGUUUAUGAAUACAUCCUGGUGCUUGACAAAGAAAAAAUGGAAUCGCUUGGCAUUACCAGCACAGAUAUCAAGAAAUGCUUCGGAGGCUUUGUGGGCAUUGACUAUGAUUACACAGACAGCAUAAAAACUGAAGGACGUUUAUCAGCAGAACGUUGUGAAAAAACUGGAGGUGGCAAUACUAACAAAGACAGGCUGGCCAUGGCUGUGGAAGACAUCAUUUCUCGAGUGCGAGGUGGCAAUUCUGGCUGGGGCGGUGGCUUGACUCAAAACGGGAGCACCAUUACGUAUCGUUCCUGGGGGAGGUCAUUAAAGUAUAAUCCUGUUGUUAUUGAUUUUGAGAUGCAGCCCAUCCAUGAGGUGCUGCGACAUACAAACCUGGGGCCCCUGGAGGCCAAGCGCCAGAACCUGCGCCGGGCCUUGGACCAGUACCUGAUGGAAUUCAAUGCCUGCCGCUGUGGACCCUGCUUCAACAAUGGGGAGCCCAUCCUCAAGGGCACCAGCUGUGAGUGCCAGUGCCCACUGGGUCGCCGGGGCCUUGCCUGUGAGCAAAUGGAGCAGAAGGGAGCCAAGGCGGAUGGUCGCUGGAGCUGCUGGAGCUCCUGGUCUGCUUGCAGAGCGGGCACCCAGGAAAGGAGGAGAGAGUGCAAUAACCCUGCACCCCAGAAUGGAGGCAACUCCUGUCCAGGGUGGAAAGUGCAGACCCAGGCUUGCUGAGGGCCUCUGGGCACAGAUGCAGCGGAUGGCACCCCCUGCAUUGACCACUGGAAAAAGACUUCUUUCAGCUGAGGGGAAAUGCAAAUCAACGUGGACUUUUUCUUUGUCCCUCCAACUUCCAGGAGUAGGACCAGCCUGUGCCGUCUACAACUAACUGUCCUAUUACCCACAAGAUGCAGUCAUUCAACAACUGGGCACUGAAUGUCAACUAGGGCCUCAGUCCUGCUCACAGCACUUCAGAUCAUCUGAGAGAGAGAGAGAGAGAGAGAGAGAGAGAGGAGGCGGGGGCGGGGGGGAGGGACAGAGAGAUUUCAACCCAUGCCUUAGAGGGACUUAUAGGAUGUUAGAAGUAGGAGGCAAGCAGAUCAAUGGCUAAUAAAACAAAGUAUGAUGAGAAUGGUCUCAGUUCUUUGAUCACAAUAUUUGUUCAUUCACAGAACCAUUACUAGUUGCGAGAAGCAGCAGAUACACUGAAAUAAUGACAAAAAAAAAUGAAGACUGACUUGGGUUCCGUCAAUUUUCCUUGAUCUGGGUUCAACAUUAUUUUCUUUCAUUCCCUCAAUUAAUCUCUUCUGUUCAGGUUCUUCCCACAAAUAACACGUUUCCCCCAGUUAUCUUCUCAGGGCACUCUAUCCUUUUCCUUCAUGGUGUUUUUCACAAUUAAUAACUGUAUACUGGCUGCCAUAUCUCCUGUGACUAUUUAUGAUCUGUCUCCCCUGAGAUGCUAAUUGUGAGGGCAGGGAUUAGGUUUGUUUGGAUCAGCAAUGUAUCCCCAGAGGCCAACGCUGUUCCUUGAAUUGGGGGAGACCUAACAAGGAUGAGGGGAGGGACUGAACUCGAGUCAGUUCAAAAAUGUGGUUCCUAUGGGUGAGCACCCCAGACUGGAUAAUGGAGCCAACAAAUGCUGAUCAGUACACCUUCCCUGACCACCUGCAGGAGAGCCAAUCACACCAGCCUGCCUCACUAUCCCCAUCAUACUCUAGUCAUGUCUCAAAUAGAGAAUAUGUUGUGUUGAACAGACUUUUCUGUUUACCUCUAAGUUUCUCCUAGAGGUGGGUAGCUCUUUGGCAGUGGAAUCUGCAUUUCCAGUAGGGACAAAAAACAUCUGUUGAUUGAUAUAUCCUAGUGCUCUCUAUCUUUUCAGAAUCCUCGAUCUUUUUAGGGUAAUAAUAAGACAUAUACAUGAAACAAUUAGAAGGGAUUUUAGGGAUACAGAGAAUUAAUCGUUGAGUUAAUGCCAAAGGAAGGGCCAAAGGAGGCCAGGUGGGACAGAGGUUUAUGUUCCCUGGUGUGUAUUUUACAUAUGGGAUGGGGCUUGACCCAGACCUUGAAGGAUUUCUGAACGAGGCAAAGAGGGAAGAGGCCUUUAAGAUAGAAGCUCAGCAUGUAAUACAGUUUGAAGGUGAGAAAGAACCUUGGGGGUGUGUGCACAUGAGUUGGGAAUGGAGAAUGGGGGAGAAAGUGAAGAUAAAUAUGUCAUAUGAAACAGCACAGUGCCGGGGUGGCUCUGUCAGUUAAACGUCCAGCUUCGGCUCAGGUCACGAUCUCAUGGUUCGUGAGUUCAAGCCCCGCGUUGGGCUCCAUGCUGACAGCUCGGAGCCUGGACCCUGUUUCAGAUUCUGUGUCUCCUUCCCUCCCUGCCCCUCCCCUGCUCAUGCUCUCUCUCUCUCAAAAAUAAAUAAACAUUAAAAAAUUUUUAAAAACCCCAGCCCAGUGCCUGUCAUAUAUGGAAUUAUUAGCAACGCCCUUAUUAUUACUAUUGUUACCAGUGUUCAUUAAAAUUUAUAGUUUAGCA